GAAGAUCUAUGGGUAACUUAGUAGCACUAGCAGCAAUUGCAGCCUGUGGCCACUAGAGGCAGCCGAGCGCCGACGCACAAACCUGUAGGUAAGCAGAGACGUUUUUUGACGUAAGGAAAGAAGGAGAAGCCUCUCUCCAAGAUGGCGACGACCAUAGACAACAGCAAUGCCGUUCAGGCGACUAAGAGAAAGCACCUCGGAAUCCCCGAAGCCGUGUUUGUGGAGGAUGUCGACUCAUUUAUGAAGCAGCCGGGGAAUGAGACGGCAGAUUCGGCGCUAAGGAAGCAGGAUGAACAGUACCAGAAAUACAAAUACAUGGAGCUCAACCUGUCUCAGAAGAAGCUCAGGUUGAAAAGCCAGAUCCCACAAAUCACACAGACGCUAGAAAUCCUGCGACACAUGCAGAAGAAAAAGGAGACCACAGCGCCCAUGGAGACGCACUUCCUGUUGGCUGACAACGUUUACUGCAAGGCCUCAGUGCCGCCCACCGACAAAGUCUGCCUAUGGUUAGGGGCUAACGUCAUGUUAGAAUACGACAUUGAUGAUGCCCAAGCUCUCCUAGAGAAGAACCUAUCCACAGCAUCUCGUAACCUAGAGACACUCGAGGAUGAUCUGGAUUUCCUGCGAGACCAGUUCACUACCACCGAAGUCAACAUGGCACGAGUCUACAACUGGGACGUGAAGAGAAGGAGCAAAGAAAACCUCCUGAAAUCAGCAGACAAGUCUUAAUUUCGACAGGAGAGCGUCCAUGUCCCCCAUGUGCUAACUAUCUUCUCCUUCAGUCAAUAAAAAAAAAAAAAUCCCCCCAAAUUCAUGUGUAUGUUGACCCCAGGGCUCUGCACAUGAGAGGGCACAUUUGAAAUAUUUGUAAAAGUUGUAGUGUGCAUGAAGUCAUUGUGAUUAUUAACUCAAGCACACAUAAUAACUAUUUUGAAUAUGCCCUCUGAUAAGUCAGGCCCCAACCUCUACCACUACUGUUUUCUGUUGAUUUGUUACUUUUAAAGUAUUUUUUCAAGUAAAAACUAACAAAAAAAACAAAGGCAACCAGGCACUUUUUGUAUUCUUUUUAACGAUUUGAGUAUGUUCCUGUUAUCUUUGUCAGGUUUAUGCAGAAAAAGGGUUCCUCGCAUCGUCUUUCCUUUCCCUGCAUUUUUCCCUCCUUACUGACCUGCACGUCCUCAACCUGCAACAGCGUUCACACAUGGGACUUUUUACUUGAGUUGUUAGUCCUUGAAACACAUCCAGUAACCAUUAUACUCCGUAGAAUCCGACCCGUAGGAUCACAAAGAUCACAACAGAAGAAGAGUACAACUUGUUCUGCCUUGUGGCUCCAGUUCUUACUUCAGAGGGAUCAACUCCACACCUGCUGCUGCUCUGUCCCUUGACCUUUCCACACUCAAACCAUCUCUUCCUCGUCCUCCUCUCCUCUUAGCCGCUGUUCUGUCUGUAUUUAUUUGUCUCUCACUGUACUCAUUAAACGAUGAAUGAAGUAAAAGAAGAACAUUUUGGCAAAGAGACAAGACCUUGA